AAACAACCCGAGGAAUAGUCAUACUCGUAAUUCCAAUGCAUGCAUAUGAAGUGAUGAAGACUACCGUACACCACAGGCUUAGGUACCUAGACUUACCUAAUUAACUAGGUACUCAUUUAUUACGAAUCACCAGAAAAAAUUCGAAUGUAUUUUGAAGAAAAAAUGAAAAGAAUCAUUACUUAUGUUGGUGUAACUUUACAAUGCAAUGUAGAAGUUUCGUGCUCUUCGUAAAUACACACAAGAAUAUACAUUUCAUAAAAAUCGUCACUGUUGAUUUUUAAUAUUGGAACAUAAUCCUUCAACAGCUCAAGCAAACGAGCUCCAAUGGACUCGACAAAUAUAACAUGCCCACUCAUCUCCAGCUCAAGUUCACUGCAGUUAUUAGCAGCUGCACACUUACUAACACCUCUGAUAAUCUCAAACUGCCACCUUGUGGGAUCGUAUCCGAAAGACAAAAGUUCAUACGUUUACCAACAAUACGAACCAGAAUACGACUUCAUUAUCGUCGGAGCAGGAUCAGCAGGAUGCACCGUAGCAAAUCGUUUGAGCGAAGUAGCCAAUUGGAGAAUUUUACUCAUCGAAGUAGGACCAGAUCCGCCAAUUAAUUCGGAUAUUCCUUCCUUAUUUUUUUCCUUAUUCAAGUCUCGUUAUGACUGGAAUUACUUGACAGAACCGAGCAAUGACUCUUGUCUAGGAUUCAUCAACAACCAAUGUUCCUGGCCCAGAGGGAAGCUUUUGGGAGGCAGUAGUUCGAUGAAUUAUAUGUUAUCAGUUCGAGGCAAUCCUAAAGACUACGAUAAUUGGGAAUCUGAGGGUAAUCCUGGAUGGGCUUAUAAAGACGUAUUGAAAUACUUCAAGAAAUUGGAACGUGUUCGUACACCAAGAUUAGGAGAUAGGCAUCUACAUGGGUAUAAUGGUAAUGUAUUCAUAGAAGAUUAUACAAACAAGACGAUCUACGAUUCCAAAGGGAUGCGAGAUUACAUCACUGAUUACUCGGUGGCAUCGGGGUACCCAAUUGUUGAGGAUUUCGAUGCACAUCCUCAAGCCGGUGUUACCAUAGUACCUGGCACUUUACGAAAUGACGUCAGGUGGAGUGCUGCAAAGGCUUACCUCGAGCCAAUUCGAAAUAAAAACAAUCUAGUCGUCAUGAAAGAAACAUUCGUAACCAAGAUAUUAAUCGACAAAAACAGAAGAGCUUACGGAGUAGAGGUAUUUAAAGGUGGUAAGUAUAAAAAAAUUUACUGCAAAAAAGAAGUCAUCGUAUCAGCCGGGUCCAUUAAUUCUCCUCAGUUAUUAAUGCUUUCUGGUGUCGGUCCUCGAGAUCACUUGCAAGAUCAAGGAAUAACUGUAGUCCGAGAUUUAAAAGUUGGAUAUAAUUUACAAGAUCAUGUUUUGGUAUACGGAUUGGCCGCAAGUAUACAUGGCAAAGGUUAUGAACACGGUGCACUCUCUCUAAAUUUCAUUUACGAAUACCUAUCAAACAGAGUAGACCUAGGUGUAUUUCUACUAGACACGAUGCUUUUCCUUAACACAACUGGAAACACGUUUGAUUACCCUAAUAUACAAAUCUACCACAUCAUGUUCCCUCGUACCAGUUUCCCUCUGUCAUUAUUUUUUCUCAUAUUUUUCUAUUUGUAUAACUUCAAUUUAGAAAUAUCGUUGGAGAACUUGAAGGCGAUUCAACUAGCACCCACCUUACUCAUACAGCCAACACUGAUAAGACCUAAAAGUAGAGGACGUAUUUCUCUCAGAAGCAAAAAUCCUUUCGAUCAUCCAAAAAUAGUCACCGGAUAUUUAACUGCUAGAGAAGACGUUGAUGCUCUGAUAGAAGCAUUUCGCAUAUUUGAAGGAAUAUCUGAAACUGAAGCUUUUAAAAAAUACGGAAAAUUAUCCUACACUCCUGUUGCAGAAUGUUCGACGCUUAUUCCACUUUCGAAUGAAUAUUACGAAUGCUUAUUGAGACAUUUAGGUGCCACUGUGUAUCAUCCUGUUGGCACGUGUAAAAUGGGACCCUCGAAUGAUCCAGAUGCUGUAGUCAAUUAUGAUCUGAAAGUGCAUGGGAUUAAAGGACUUCGAGUGGUAGAUGCGUCUAUCAUGCCUCAAGUAACGAGCGGUAACACCAACAUACCGACCAUAAUGAUUGGCGAAAAAGCUUCAGAUUUGAUCAAAGACGAUUGGUUGUAAUUUUUUCUUUAAAAAAAUCAAUACGCAGAGUGCUAUUGAAGACGAUCCAGGGGCUUGGAAUCAAAUACACGUUGUUGUUUUGGAGAAAAGAAGGAACAUGAUUCAGUAUUUUAGCUGAAUUCCCAGGUAUUCUCUUCAAUAUAUUUUCCUGAAUGGAAAACCUCCAAAUUGAAAUUUUUUGGAGUGACCAAUUUCCCGAAUCCAUUAUUUUUUUCGCAUCCCAUUGCUCCAAAUGCACAAAAGUGGGCAGAAAGUCGGGUUUUUGCCACAAACCUGCAGAAAACCCUGUCUUUUUCAUAAGAGUUGCUAUAUAGACCAAAUUGUAGGAAAACCUUUAUUUUUGAUAAAAAAUUCCAAAAAUGUAUUGCUUUUUAGUCACGAAAAAUUUGUUUUUCUGUUCGUCAAAAUUGCUCAGAAGUCUUGUUUUUUGGCAAAAUUUUGUCAAAACAGUUUUUAUCUCACAAUUGGCAAAAAAUUUACUUUUUUUGCUAAAAUCACAAAAACAAGUAGAACCCAUUUUUUGUCGAAGUUUUCAAAAAACUGUACUUUUGGUAAAAAGGGCCAGAAAGUCCAAUUUUUGUUACCAGCAUCCCAAAGAAACCAGUUUUUUUUUCUUGUCAUAAAACCUCACUUUUUGCUUACCAAAUUUCCAAAAAAAAUCCUACUUCAUUACGUAUGAAUAGUAGCAGAGAAGACUCAUUUCUCAUCAAAAUUGCCUAAAAGUACAUAUUGUUAUGUACUAAACUUACAAAAAAAAUUCUUCCCAACAUUUUGGAAAUUAAGUUAUUGGGAAAAAUUUACUUAUUCGGAGGAAUGGUCAUACGAGAAAUAUUAAUUCGGGGAAUCGGAUUCUAAAAAUCGGUAGUCAAGAAAAAGACACACUGGAAAAAUUCGUAAUUAUAGAGAAAUGUUCAUUCAGGGUGAUGACCGUCAAGGAUAAUGGAUUCGGAGGAUUAUCCCAGAAUUUUCAGUUGUUCAGGUCCAAUUUUUCAAUUUUUGAUAGUUACUUAUUUUGAAAUGUAGAUAAUAUACCCUUGAUACAAAAUACAAAAUUUCCAAAGCUAUAAAAUUUUUGAAUUAAAACGUCCAAUUUUUUCUAAUCUAGAAAGUGUUUCAUAACAAGUGUCGAUAAAGUGUAAAAUGGUUUGUCGACCCUAGAAAUUGAAGGAACAAAGCUAGUAAAAAUACUUUCUGAAUUAGUUUUGAUUGAUAAAAAAUGGCGAAACAGACUCAUAAUGGCGUCCUGUUUCCCAUUACAAAGGCUCUAGAUAGUGAAACCACAAAUUUUAGGCUCAUAUUUCAGUUUUAGCAAAAAUCUUUUUUCAUCAAAAAAUAAAACGUUCAGAGAAAAAUUCUCAUUUUCUUCAACGUUUUAAUACUUUAUUAAAAAAUUACAUUUUCUGGAGGUCACUGUUAUACACAAUUUAUGGAGAAUCCAAAAUUAUACAAAAAUAAUAGCAAUUUUUGAUCUAUAAGAUUAUGCAACUCCAUCGCUAAAGAACACGCUUUC